UCCUACUCAAGAAUUUGACCCAGCAUAAUUCUAUCUCUCACUCAUAACAAUUGCGGUUUUAUGUCUUUUUUUAUAUAUAUAUAUAUAUAUAUAUUUUUUUUUUCAGGACAUCAAACGAAUAGCACAUUCACUCUAUAAGGUCAUGAGAAAACCUGUACCAAGGAUAGAACUGGACUCCACCAAAGCAGAUAUUAACAAUCUGCUGUCAUUGGUUGAAGAGAUAAUUUGUCAACACAAUCAAGUUGGAAAUGAGUUUUACACUGACUCUUCUAAAAAGGUGCAAACUCUUGUGUCUUCCCUUGGGGGUGUAAAUCUGAAAGAGAGCAGUGUUUGUGAGAGCUCAGAGCGAAAUGAAAAACACAGCGUCUACAGCCAGUAUCUCUACAAACAACUCCAAAAUGUGGAGAAAGAGCUGAAACUGCUGGGGCCUUCAUCCUUUUCUAAGCCAGGCAGCUACAACCGGGCUGUGUUGCAGGUCCAAGGCAUGAAGAACCUACUUGAACCUCAUGUCUCCUCCUGUUCUGCCAGUGGUCUGCAUACUCGUAGCUCCAGCCCAACAGAGGGCAGCAGUGGAGACAACAAAAAGUGUUGUCAAAAAGGCUUGCCCUGGUGGUUUGUGUUCGUUGGCUGGUUUCUUGUUGUAGCCACCAGUGGUGUUUCAGCAUACUUCACUAUGAUGUAUGGCUUGACCUAUGGGAAGGAUCGCUCCAUUAGCUGGCUCAUCUCAAUGGUGGUGUCAUUCUUUGAAAGCCUUUUCAUCACUCAGCCUGUAAAAGUAUUGGGCUUUGCGGUCUUUUUUGCUUUGGUACUCAAAACUGUUGAUCAAGAAGAGUAUGGAGAUGUUACGAUUGAUGGGACUCUACCCAACACAGAUGAUCCUGAUGCAGUCAGAAUUGCCAGGAGAGACAGCACAUGUAGUUUCUAUCAGCCUCCUCCUCCCACCGACAUAGAAAGGAUGAGAAACAACAUGAUCAAGGAGCAGAAAGUUUUCGCACUCAUCCGGGAGAUUCUCAUUUAUGUGGGAUUCCUGUGGAUGCUUCUCUUGGUCGCAUAUGGUCAGCGAGAUCCACAUGCAUACUACCUCACUCAGCACAUCCGGCAGAGCUUCAGCAAUGGCAUUUCAGAGAGUAUGAACCACAAAGAUAUAUUCAACUGGGCAAAAUCCUCCUUGCUCAGUAAUCUGUUUGGGCAAUAUCCAGGCUUCAUAACAGAUGGAAACUCAAAACUUGUUGGCAAUGCUCGACUCCGUCAGGUUAGGGUGAGAAAAGACUCUUGUAAAAUUGCCAAGCCCAUGCGGUAUGCUAUUCCUGAUUGCCAUGCCCCAUACUCCUGGGAAGCGGAGGACAUGAGCUCUUAUAGUCCAGUCUGGAACCAGACAAAAAAUGUGAAUGGAUCUAAGGCUGUACUCACACCGUGGCACUACCAAACUCAGGCCAAACUCCGGGCAAACCCUGUUUGGGGUGGACUGGCCCUUUAUAAGGGUGGUGGAUUUGUGGUGGACCUCGGCCCGGAUCAAAAGAAUGCAAGCAGACUUCUUCAGUAUCUUCUUGACAACACCUGGCUGGACGUGUAUACACGGGCGGUCUUUGUUGAGUUCACAGUUUAUAAUGCAAAUGUCAACCUCUUCUGCAUUGUGACUCUCAUAUUUGAGACCACAGGAGUAGGUGCAUUUCAAUAUCGUAGUGAGGUGCAGACUGUCCAUCUUUAUCAGUCCACUGGUGGCUUUCAUGUAUUUGUUAUGGCAUCAGAGGCCAUCUAUUUCCUCUUCAUUCUCUACUACAUGUUUGUGCAGGGCACACUAAUGAAGCAGCAGAAAUGGGGAUAUUUCAGAAGCAAGUGGAAUCUUUUGGAAUUGGCCAUCAUUAUUCUAAGUUGGAGCGCAUUAUCUGUGUUUGUCAAGAGGACGAUAUUGGGUAACCGGGACAUUAACUACUACCAAAAUAAUAAAGACAUGUUUGCCAGUUUUUAUGAAACUGCCACGGCAGAUGCAGUACUGGGCUAUCUGAUAGCCUUCUUAGUUCUGCUGGCCACCAUCAAACUGUGGCAUCUACUGAGACUCAACCCCAAGCUACACAUGAUCACCUCUACACUGCAGCGAGCAUGGACAGAUAUCUCUGGCUUCAUCGUGGUCAUGACCAUCAUGUUUUUGGCCUAUUCCAUUGCUUGCAAUUUGAUGUACGGUUGGAGGCUCUACUCGUACAGAACUCUGCUUGAGGCUGCACAGACCAUUAUUUGCCUACAACUAGGUAUCUUUAACUAUGAUGAGGUUUUGGAUUACAAUCCAGUUCUGGGUGCUUUCCUCAUCGGAUCCUGCAUUAUCUUUAUGACAUUCGUUGUGCUCAACCUCUUUAUAUCCGUGAUUUUGGUGGCUUUCAAUGAAGAGCAACUUCAUCCCACUCCCUCUGAAGAAGAGGAGAUCGUAGACCUGAUGCUGAUGAAGAUCUGCAGUCUCCUUGGCAUCAAGUGCAAGAAAAAGCAAAUUGAUGCAGAUGCUUCCAUGACUACAGCCUCAGUCAUAUCUUAGAAAUGAUGCUUGUCUUUAUAACCAUGUCAUAGUCAAUGCUUUAUUGUAAAAUGCCUCUUGGUCUUUGGAUACUUGAUAAUUGUUCUUGAACAUUACUAUAAUCUUAAAAAGCUUUUUCCAUUUACCUUGCAGAAUGUUUCCAUUAGGUCGGUUGGGAUGUUUGUCAAUGCUAUUAUUACAACUAUUAAGCAUGAAAUAUGGAACUCUUUGUCUAGAAGUUUCUGUCCUACUACAUCACUGUAUUACAUCUAUCAACAAGUCAGAUUUUCUGAGUGGAUAUCAAAUGAAAACGAUUUUCUUGUGGCAUAAUUCUAGAACAAAAUGUGCUGGGAAAUUAAUUCAAUGAACACAUUGCAUACAAGUAUUGACACACAAAGGGAUCUGAAUCACAUACAACACCAAUCCCUGCGGCAUAAACAAUGCUGUUGCCAUUCGCUUAAGUCUAUUUUUCUAAUGCACAAGCUACAGCGUGUUCAAGGAUAAGUCCAUGAAUACCAGUUGACUCAAUGACUUCUAUUAAAAAACGGCCUGUGAUUGUUUCUCAGGUCUCAUCUUCAAAUUACUUUAACAGAACAGCAAGCUCAUUCACAUAACCAUGAAAAAGAAGGAACAAAAAGGCCUUUGGGUGCCCAGCCAUUAUAAAUGUCUAGCUUGUACCAGACAGCAAAAAAACCUAAAUCAGUCAGUCUUACAAAUAAUCAAGUUUGGAACACAAGACUUCUCUUUUCAUUGGUGUCCGGCCACAAACUUUUUGCAAUUAUCAGUAUUUGUAAUAUGUGUUGGAGAGUCUAUGGCAGCCUCUAGAACCGAAUACAAAAUGGUUGUGAAAUUUGGCACUCUUAUUGGGCAGGGCAUUAAUUGUGGCCAUUUUGAGUCUUAAUCUCUCCAGAACCUGUUCAGUGCACCUCGUGGUUUCAAUUUCCACUCAAACAGAUUUUCUGCCAUUUUUAACUCAUCCUAUAGCUCUUAUCUAAUUUUCUCCACAUUUAGGUAAGAUAAUCUUGCAACAACAUCUCUCAAAAGUUAAAACUUUUUGAUAGAUCAGAUCCUCAUUCCUGAUGCUGAAUAGCCACUUUCCUAUUUUAGUUUUGCCAUUAAAUUCAAAUGAUACUAUGCAUUAUUGCUUCACUGAUGCAAAUUAAACCAUCUUAUUUCAGUGUUUCAUUAGAGUACUGACCUGCACAAACAUGUAGUAGAGAAUUAAGAGGAAACACAAGGCUUUUGAUGCCAUAAAGCCACCAGUGGACUGAUUUUACAGCUCUUAACAGAUUUUCUCCACAUUUGGGUCCGAUAACCUCGAGACAACAUAUAUGAAUAGUUAUCAAAGAUUUUUUGAAUAACCAAAACAAUUUCGGUGUAAUGCAGGUAUCCUCAUUCCUGAUCCUGGAGAGCCACUUUCCUAGAGUUCAGUUCUACCUGGCUGACUUUUUUUAAACUCAUGUCAAAUGUAUUUGUAUACUAUAUACUAUCAAUUCAACUUUAUAUAUAUAGAGCUGUGUGAUAACGGUUUACAUUUUGACAAUAUAAUUAAUCAUGCAGCCAAGAUUUGCAAUAUAGUAUAUAAACGUAUCGCUUUACAAGAGUGUACUGUAUAUGCAGGCAAAGUUUUAUGUACUGUAUAUCCAACAUUUAAUAUAUCGUUGGCCAAUAAUACAGUUUCAUAUUUUGCGAUGACAUUAAAGACAGAGUCUGAUUAGGUGAUUCAACGCAUUUAAUUAAGAGCAGAAACUAAACUCUGAAGGAAAGUGGCUCUCCAGUACCAUGAGGUACCCUGGUGAAACACAUCAACAAACGUGAAGGUAGGGAUGGCAACCAGUAAGUGAGGCUAUAUUUUAAUGCUUUGGUGAAUAAGUAAAAUUUCGCAAUUGUCCUUGUCACAAGGCCCUGAGGAUAUCUAAGCAGUUAGGCACCAGAGAACCAUCAAAACUUAGUCUUAAAGGGUUAGUGCACCCAAAAAUGAAAUUUCUGUCAUUAAUUACUCACCCUCAUGGACCUUUAUUGUGGUUAUUAUAUUGCUUUCUAUGGGGGAUAAUAAUAUAAAAAAAAUAAAAUAAAAAAAACCUCUUGGACUUGAGAUCAAAAGUAUCUUAAUUUGUGUUCCAAAGAUGAACGAAGGUCUUACGGAUGUGGAACAACAUGAGGGUGAGUAAUUAAUGACAGAAUUUUCAUUUUUGGGUGAACUAACACUUUAAAUCAUGCUGCUUAUCUCCUUGUAUUCCUGGAGGCAUGCAGAACAAUGCAUUACGAAUUGCAAUCAAUGGCAUGAACAUUUUCAAUGGAAUCACCGUUUUUGCUACUCUUAUAAUAACUUUCCAAAGUUUGCUAAGAUAAGGAGUUUCAAAAUGUUCAAGGUGCCCCACCAGCACUGCACAUUUUGGACAUCCCCAGUCAGGUCAUGGAGAGUUAAAUAAGGGAGACAUCCAAAAUGUCCAGUAAUAGUUUGAAAAGCCCUGGUUUAGAUUGUUUUCACAGUCAUAAAACCUGAAAAUGUUUAUUUUCAAGGAAGUUAGGAUGUCUUGGUGGUAUUACCAAGACCAUGCUUUAGGGACCCUUCACAGCUUCAUAAAAAAAAAAAAAAAAACCACAUCAAAAUAAUUUUCUCAACCUUACAACGUGCAUGGUAUUGGCGUACUUGGCGACAUAAUUGCUGCUUGCAGCUAUAUUCUCUGCUUGCUUCAGUUUUUACCCACAUGGGGCAUAAUGAUAUUGCAAGACUACAGAAUUACUAGUCAAUCACCCUGAUAGUGAAGAAACAACCAAUAAGAAAUUACUGGAGAAGGCGAACCAAUUCAAACCGAUUCUCAAAUUUAAAGCCGUUUGUUUUUUUUUAAUGUUGUGUAUACUGAUGGUUCAUCCAUACAUCAACCAAAUGCUUGAGACCUCCUCAAUUCAUGCUCCAAUGACUUAAAUGACUUACAGCGCUUGUAACAAUACCUUUAUCCAGAUUGAACACCAAGUGCAUUUUGUUUGGAGCCUAAACAUCAUUACAAGCAGCAAAUGAUUGCCACACACUAUUAUUGAAGCCCUCUGAACACCAACCAUUAUAGGAGAAGUCACCGUCCAGGUAACAAUGUUCCAAAUCUUAAAUAGUUUUUAACUGAGUUAAAAAAUUUGCAGUCUGAUACAGAAGGCUAAGAGACCUGAACAAUAUGAAAGUGCUAGUCAUUAAUUUACAGAGAUCAGGCAUCACAUAGUGCUAUGACAAGUAUCCAAUAUGCUACAUUUGAAUACACGUUGACACCUUACAAAUGCCUCUGGUUGUUUGACCAGGCAACUUAAAAAUCAAGUGCCUUGGCUAAUUAUGUACAAUAUGAGAAUUUUUUUUUUUUUUUUUUGAUGAAGAAAAACUUUU